AUGCCCGCCACUGUUCAGACCUCAUCUUUGGCUGCUCUGCCAGAGGAGAUCCUAGGACAAAUCACCGAAUAUCUUGACAGCGAUAGCUGUUUCGCCCUUCGCCUAUGUUGCAGAGAGAUUGAAUCCAGGAUUUUCUCUGAGUUCGCUCUCGAAUACUUUAGUAGAAAAUGCUUCAUGUUCACUACGGAAAGCCUUCAGACCUUUGUCAAGAUCACGGAGAGCAGAUUCGCUAAUUACCUGAAGGACGUGUAUCUGUUGACAGUUGGCUUCUCGUGGACACUCACCACUACCAAGCGCGAUCGAACAUUUGAUCCCUAUCGACUCUCCUGCGAUUACACUUCCGAUGCUCACACCGAGUUCUGGCAAGAUCAGACGAACUUGCAUAGACUUGGCAAGAAACCUGGCGGCGAUGAAUACCUGCUCCGGCGAGCAUUCCAGCGUAUAAAAGCGCUGUCCUUCCUGGGAUUCGUUGACGAUGCUCACGCUCUGGCAUCCGACAUUAUCUGUCACGGUCUCAACAAGUGGUCUCGUAAGCUUCGUCAUAGUUAUACGAGUUGGCCCACGCACCAUGUGUACAAUUCUUCUACCGACCGGAUCGGAUGUGCAUGGCUUACUCAUGUAUGGAGGACCACGCUGACAGCCGUUGCGAAGAGUGGCAUCACCAUCGAGCAUCUUGAGACCGUAUUUUCAUACUGCAAAUACGCUUUACUUCCUUCGACAGAUCUCAGGUUCCACCCUCAGAUUGUUUCCAAGCUGAAGAAAUCUUUCGACAAAGUAGAGAGCCUGUCUCUCGAAUUUCGUACAAGGCGCAAUGGAUCGGAAAGACCAAUUGAUCCGCAAAGGGAGGAGCCUCCAGAGAGUGUUGAAUGCGCCCGUACGUUCGCUACAAUAUUCGAAAAAGUCAAAGUGCUCCAUUUACUGGGCGAUGCGGGACCCCUGUCAGGCACUACCUGUGCAGCCAUCGUGCAGCGGCUUGAGCUGAGAAAAAUGACACAGCUCCACCUGGUCAGUAUCAACAUCAACUAUCGCGACCUCGCGGCUAUCCUCUGCAACCUGAACUCUGCACAUACCAUCGAGAUGCAGAAUGUCAAUCUUGAGAGCGGAUCAUGGUCGUCGAUUUUGAAAGUUCUAUCGAAACUGCCACGGCUGAAUCAUUUGCAUCUCCUGCUCUUGACACAAGAAGGGAAGAUGACAUACUUCCUCCCCAUGGAAAAGCCGGCGCGUUUUCAAAGACGUCGUCCCAGACCUACACACUCUGCUCUGCUCGGUGUUGGGUCCUAUGACCUUGGGAAUCUUGAAAAUGAGUGGCCGAUCACUGACCACAAGGUGGAAGAGGCGGAUUCGGCCGACCCUACUUUCAAAACUCUCGGCGUUGAAGAUACAGGUCCAUUGCCAUGGCCACUACCCGGGACAUCGACCUCAUUACCCGAAGGACCACUCGUCUGGGCUCCCCCAUCCAUCAAAUGUUCUACUAAACAGCCUAAUUUCAGGCCGCCGCGCCACAGCAUCCGGACGCCUUCCGGCCGAGGCAGCUACGUAUGUCUGACAGGCUGGGAAAUCGCCGCCUGUCUGCCUUUGAUGAUCAAAAAAUGUUACGUGGCCGUCAGGGUGACCCACGGAGGCAUGCAGAUGCCAUUCCACGGCACGAACAAUCCUGUGUGGGCUGGGGACAGCGUUCCCUAUCUCCCUACAGCUGACGCUGGUAUGGUGCCACCCUUCGAUGCACCUGAUAUGUUGAACGAAUUCGAUUUCGAUACUUUUCUCAACGCCCCGGUCAACGAUCUCUCCAAUACAUGGCCACCGCCUUCACCUUCUGAUGCCGGUUCAGUUCCGCCAGAUCCGUGGAUGCCUCCAAUCAUGCCGACCACUGGCAAUACGGCCAUAGCUGCCGUGAAUGAUAUAUUUGCUGCUAAUUCAUCACUGCCAUCCCAAGCGGUCACCAUACCUCCACCCAAUUGGAUUGUCUCAAAUGGGAUAUUUGCGGAUACCGGUGGAGCUCCAGCAAUGCCUCCACAAUCAGAAACUGUCCCGCCACCUGGCUGGCAGCCUCCGAUAGCUUCUGGGGCUCUUGGCGGUACCACGUCGCUCCCCCUGCCGCCACCUUUGUUUGGACCUGGAACGACACCAACUCAUGGAGGUGCGCAUUCUCACUUCCCGCCAAGCUCAUCGUUGGGAGGACCUUCGCCAUUUAGUGCCGGUCCAUCGUCAUUGAUGGCCCCUACCGAUAAAUCAUUGCAGCAUCUUGAUCUCGCCGUCGCCCCGACCCCGUUACAUAGCCUUCAAUGGCCGCCCCCGCCGCCGACAGUCUACAACAAUGUGCGACCUUCCCCUACUGGUGCUUCGAAAUCGAGCACAAUUUUCCCCGGGGGUCUCAUCCGCUUCCACACUUUCGUAGAUGACACGCCAAAAGGGCGGCUGUGGAUUUGCACCAAAAGCAAAGCAAAUGGGUGGAGACUUCAGCUACGCUUGGACCGAGUCAAGCGCGGUCUCCGCCUCUCACCGGGAACCAAGCGCAAUCAUACUAGAGGUACCGAAGACGACGAGACAGCAGCUCAAAGGGUGCACCCGCCGUUGGUCUUGCCAUGGACAGCGUUUGAUGGUGCUCUUGGAGUUCUACCUGCAAUAAAUAAAGGCUUCUGGGCGACACUCUUCAAAUGGCCAGGAAGCCCACCUCCUGCCGAUCCUCCGCCCCCACUCACGGCGAGGGAGCGGUCCAAAUUGAAACGCCUGAACAGAUAUGAACCCGGCAGAUGGCAUAGAUGCCAGCUCAGAAAUAUCGCACUGAGACGGCACAAAUUCCUGAUAUCAAGACCGUCUCAAGUCUCAACCGUGCAUUCCACGACCCCGCUACCCACAUUCGGCCCCACACAGGACAAAAUCGACAAAUUUCUCGACAUCAUUAAUUCCAAAGUUCAUCAGAGUCGUGGAGUGACUCGUGCGCGCCUGCUGGAGGAGUUCGAAUUCGAGCUCAAGCUGCGCGAUAACAGAGACUGGGCACUUCGUCAAAAGGCUGCGGACAAGAUCUAUACCAGGCUGGAAAGGGAAUUUAUGGAUUGCGGAGGUCUGCUCGGAGCUAGUGAUUUCUUGAGCGGCGAAGACGAAAGUGAUAGCGCAGAUGUGCUUCAAAUUGAAGAGCCCCAGGGGGGCAAGGCGAGCACGGGGGAAAGCCCCAGCAUGGAAACGAAGGUUGAGAGUCGAGCGGACGUGGCAGUAAUCGCAAGCUCAAGCUGA